UCCUCUCUUCUACUUAAACCCUCCCCCUGCGAUCCUCCCCCCCCGAAUUGACCUCCCUCUCAUACAUCAUUGAGAGUUAGUACCCUCUCUUGACCUCCUACGAUCAUAUCAUGUCUGCUUCGUGUUCGGCGUUGAGACGGCUGACCCACCGGUCUCCCCGCACUUUCCAGUCCCGCAUCUCCUCCGUCUCCAGAAUCUCAUCUGCCACCUCGUCCUUUUCCUCCCUCAACACUUUCCGCGCAGUGAACUCGGCCGCUCCUCGAGUCUCUCGUUUCUCAACCAUGGCACCUCUUCAGUCUAGCGCUCAGGAUGGCGCCUCCCAGAAGGCCUACGAUCCUGAAAUCCAGGACAUGGCUAACUAUAUUCACAACUACGAGGUUAACUCCGACUUAGCUUUUGACACUGCCCGUCUUGUUUUCCUCGACACCCUAGGCUGUGGAUUGGAAGCCUUGAAAUUCAAAGAGUGCACCAAGCUUUUGGGUCCCGUCGUGGAGGGAACCGUUGUUCCCAACGGAUCUCGUGUGCCCGGUACACCGUACCAGCUCGACCCUGUCAAUGGUGCGUUCAACAUUGGCGCGAUGAUCCGCUGGCUGGAUUACAAUGACUGCUGGUUGGCCGCCGAAUGGGGCCACCCUUCGGACAACUUGGGCGGUAUCCUCGCUGUGGCUGACUGGAUCUCCCGGACCAACCGCGCGGGCGGCAACAUUGCCGGUGGUAAGAUCGUGAAAGUCAAGGAAGUGCUGGAGGCCAUGAUCAAGGCCCAUGAGAUCCAAGGUGUGCUGGCGCUGGAGAACUCUUACAACAAGGUUGGCCUAGACCACGUUGUUCUGGUCAAGGUCGCGACAACCGCUGUGGUUGCUAAGAUGCUCGGCCUCAGUGAGAAACAGACUGCGGAUGCCAUCACCCAGGCGUUCGUCGACGGACAGAGUCUUCGGACUUACAGACACUCCCCCAACACCAUGUCCAGAAAGUCCUGGGCUGCCGGUGACGCUUGCCAGCGGGCUGUGAACCUUGUGCUUAAGGUGCAGAAGGGUGAGGGCGGUUUGCACACUGUUCUUUCUGCCCCUGUCUGGGGCUUCUACGAUGUGCUGUUCAAGGGCAAUAAGUUCAAGUUCCAGCGCCCCUAUGGCAGCUAUGUCAUGGAGAACGUCCUUUUCAAGGUCUCCUAUCCUGCCGAAUUCCACUCUCAGACAGCGAUCGAAGCCGCCGAGAUCAUCAACGAGAAGCUCGCUGCCAUGGGCAAGAGCGCCAAGGAUAUCAAGGAGAUCACCAACCGCACCCACGAAGCUUGCAUUCGCAUCAUCGACAAGCAGUUCAAGGCGAUGGACAACUUCGCGGACCGUGACCACUGCGUUCAGUACAUGGUCGCCACCAUGCUGGCAUUCAACCGCCUUACCGCCACCGACUAUGCCGAUGGCUCGGAGGCAGCCACCUCCCCACUCGUUGAGGAUCUCCGUAAGCGCAUUCGCUGCGUUGAGGAUACCAAGUUCACCACGGACUACCACGACCCAGCCAAGCGCACCAUCCCCAAUGCUCUUACCGUCACCCUGAACGACGGUACUGUGCUCGAGGAGGUCGUUGUCGAGGCUCCUCUGGGCCACCGUUUGCGCCGCGAAGAGGCCAAGCCCGAGAUCCUGUCCAAGUACAAGCGUCACUUGCAGGCUCACUUCGACCAGGCUCGCAUCGACGAGCUGCUCGAGUUGGGCUUGAACAAGUCUGCCCUUGAGGGUUACGAUGUGGACAAGUAUGUCGACUUGUAUGUCAAGGACAAGAUGGUCGCAUCUGCAUAG